AUGGUGAACAUUGGUAUCCCGGCCCAAUUCCCUACGAGAGAGCAGCUCUUGAAGUUCAGAACGAUGACUUUUAUGCUCGCCAAGUCCAAUCCAGUCAGCCCAGUCCAUGGAUUCACUUUCAAGUCGGACAAGCUCGACGCGGUCUUGAAACACUCUGGUAUGCCCUCGGGCAGUCAACAAGAGCUCAGGCACCUGAACUCCUUUCUCGAUGCUUUUGUAGCAACACUCAUUCGCGACAAAGAGAUCGUGGCGGUAUCUCCCACGGGUCGCGGUCCGCUCCAUAUUCGAACCGGAAUACCCAUUGCGGAGGGAGCGAGCUCAUCUCAAGACGACGGAGACGGAGACGUAUAUUACAUCUCUGCCAACCCCGAAUACGAGGAACACGAAAAGCCCCCGACGGUGACGGAGGGCGAAAACCGGCCCGUUCCAGCUUUGAGCGUUCGGCUCCCGGCAAGCCAACCAACGAGCGGUCUCGAGGACGUCACAACGGCUCAAGAUGUCCCUGCCUUCUGGUUGCGAUAUUACACGACCGACAAACUGAAUGGAAAGCGACAGGGAAUGCGGCUUUGGGAACACGCCGAGAAUGUGUUCGCUAUCAUCAAGAGACUCUUCCUUUCUCCUAACGACGAGCAGAAGCGCAUCAUUACUGCCCUUCUAACACGGUACAUCUAUUGCCAGUCACGGGCGAAGAUUACUUCUCGUAUUGAUGCUGGCUUCGUCCACCGCAACUUUGGCGACAACCUCUGUAUCACGGUCGAAACGUUACAUGGCAUGCUUCACACCCAUCUGUCCAACGAACCUGAAAGUGUUUUCGGCGGAUUCACAGCUUCCACUGACGAGACCACGCCAAUUCAGCUUCUGGGCCAGCCAUUUUGCGUCGGGGGCGAUGUCAACCCCAACGAGGAGCUCAGCAGCCUCAACAGAGUUUUGAGAUCCGACAAACAAGCCUCAGCUCUCCGGUCUAUCUAUCGCGCAGCACUGGCUUGGAGACAGAAGACUCCAGCGGGUACUGUAGACAUGACCCCAUCAUGGGAGGAAAGCUGUCUCUAUGUGGAUGUCGGCCAAGAGUUCUACAACGUCAAUGGACGGAUAGAAUUUCAUCGGGUCGUUUCAUCGCUCAUGAGGGUAAUCCGCCACUUCCAGAAGACGAUCAAAGAUGAGUUCACAUCUCGUGCUGUCGGAACGUCCGCGAAUGUGCUCUUCAGGGCUCGAGCGAAGAAUGCCCAUCGCAUCCCGGGCGCCUCACGCAACAAGAAAGCUCAGGAUCGCGAAGCUAACUUGCGAAACAAGGAAGCCGAGGUUCUGACUUGGCUUGAUGAAAACAUUCCCCAUUUGCAAGCUGCCCUAUUCCAUUUGAGCAACCUUCGCCGACGCUUCCCCGAAGUCAUGAACUCCCACAUGAUGUGGCUGAGCAGCAUCAUCCAGCCAACAGGUACGUGGAAAACAGGCCAGGGGUACGGGCUCGACGGGAAGCCAGUCGGCAACAUCAUCUCCAAGGGGAACGAAUCCGCCACUUGGUUGCAGCAUAUGACGCGGCCGAUGGAGGCGUCUCAGGGUCCAGCUAGCGCGAUCCCCAGGACCCCGGAUCGAUCUAUGGCUGGCCUCACCAUCGACGCCAGCGGACACUUCGACAGAUCCGGUCCGGAAUGGCAAGAUCUUCUCGACGACUCCGACGCCGAAUUUCAAGACUUGAUUCGUGUUCAGAAGACUGUCGGCUACCAUGCCUCUCUCUCCGGCUUCUUGGGCAUCAUCUGUCGGUAUGAAGAUGCAAUCCGCACCAUGGUCAGUGCGGACGAGAUUUUAGUCGAGCGAGUCCUCAGAGCCAGGUUGCAAGCUAUAGAGACUACACCGACCUUCGCGGAUCAGAAGAUGAUGAAGAUUGAAGAUUUUCUCGAGGGCUUUGUUCUGAAAGAUGGGCAAAAGCUGGAAAGUUCCGAGCGCCACCAGAUUGCGGCUUGGUUCUAUGAACAAGUCAAGCGACCCGAUCCAGAGGCUUUCCCAGGCACUUGGCAUGCCGAAACGAUUCUCAUGUGCCUCUCCGCGCUGAGCAACUCAGAGGAGCCUUAUGCCACCACCGUUCCUCAAGCCGAAGACAGCAUCAACGUUCUUGAACUUCCGGACUCCCAAGUCCUCGAUGCGCUCAAGGACAUGGCAGCUCCCCUUCCAGUGAACAAGCGGUGCUGCCCCUCGUGUUAUCUUCUCUUGAAGCACAUGGAAGGGUCAUCUAAUCAGAAGUUCCUCUACGGAGGUGUGCAUUCAGACUGGUUUGGGUGCUCCCUGCCUCCGUGGACUCCUCUUCCGGUUUUUGAAGCCGUCUACGAGAUCGUCGACGUCCACUUGAAGGACCGGUUUGAACGAUUGGUUUACGUUGAUCGGGCUGCCCGCUCUGGUGAUAGCACAGGAACCCACCCCGCCAUUCCAGACAAGGGUCCUGAUAGCCCGGUGUGGUAUUGGGGUGCCAUGGAAGUGAGAGAAUUGCGAACGCCAUCCCCGCCUCCUUUGGGACCAAGAGCUGCCGGAGAUAGCCAGGCGACGUCCUCGCAAGGUGCAAAGGACAAUGAUUCGGCCCAAAGCCACUCUCCUCUCAAUCCGCCUACCAUGUUUCCGUCCGGAUACAUGCCGCAGCCGUCUUCGCCAAGCAAGCGGCAUGCUUCAAGAGAGGUGCCGCACGAGAGCUCGCCGUCCCCAAAGAAGAAGUGA